AAAAAGUGGGGGUUGCAAGAAAAGCGUGCGCGAGAGGAGCGGUUUUGGGGUUUUUUUCUUUUGCACGGCGGGUUGCGAAGAGCCCAGCGCUUUUUGGGGGGGGUUAAUUCGUCGAAAAGCGGAUUGCAACCGAAGCGCGAACAAAAAAACAACAACAAGGCAAAAUGUCCAAGGGUCCAGCUGUUGGCAUUGAUUUGGGGACCACCUACUCCUGCGUAGGCGUUUUCCAGCAUGGCAAGGUGGAGAUCAUCGCCAACGACCAGGGCAACCGCACCACGCCUAGCUACGUGGCUUUCACAGACACCGAGCGUCUCAUUGGUGAUGCUGCCAAGAACCAAGUGGCCAUGAAUCCAACCAACACUGUCUUCGAUGCCAAGCGCCUGAUUGGCCGACGUUACGAUGACCCGGUGGUGCACUCCGACAUGAAACACUGGCCUUUCCACGUGAUCAAUGACGGGGGUCGUCCCAAAGUCCAAGUAGAGUAUAAGGGUGAUAUGAAGUCCUUCUAUGCUGAAGAGGUCUCCUCUAUGGUGCUGACCAAGAUGAAGGAAAUUGCAGAAGCUUACCUGGGCAAGACAAUUACAAACGCCGUAAUCACAGUCCCGGCCUACUUCAAUGACUCUCAGCGGCAAGCCACCAAAGAUGCCGGCACCAUCGCAGGCCUCAACGUCCUUCGCAUCAUCAACGAACCCACGGCAGCAGCCAUUGCCUACGGGCUGGAUAAAAAGGUGGGUGGCGAGCGAAACGUCCUCAUUUUUGACCUAGGCGGUGGCACCUUUGAUGUGUCCAUUCUGACGAUUGAGGAUGGCAUCUUUGAAGUGAAAUCGACUGCCGGAGACACUCACCUGGGUGGUGAGGAUUUUGACAAUCGCAUGGUCAACCACUUCGUGUCGGAAUUCAAGCGCAAGCACAAGAAGGAUAUCACAGACAAUAAGCGGGCCGUCCGGCGGCUGCGCACAGCUUGCGAGCGGGCCAAGCGCACGCUCAGCUCUUCCACCCAGGCUUCCAUUGAAAUUGAUUCCCUCUAUGAGGGCAUUGACUUCUACACUUCCAUCACCCGGGCUCGCUUUGAAGAGCUGAAUGCUGACCUCUUCCGGGGCACCUUGGAGCCGGUGGAGAAGGCUUUGCGAGAUGCCAAGUUGGACAAGGCCCAGGUCCACGACAUUGUGCUGGUGGGGGGCUCCACCCGCAUUCCCAAGAUCCAGAAGCUUUUGCAGGACUUCUUCAACGGCCGGGAGCUUAACAAGAGCAUCAACCCAGACGAAGCGGUGGCUUAUGGAGCAGCUGUCCAGGCUGCCAUCUUGUGUGGGGACAAGUCUGAAAACGUUCAAGACCUGCUCCUUUUGGAUGUGACCCCACUUUCCUUGGGUAUUGAGACUGCAGGCGGGGUGAUGACGGCCCUCAUCAAGAGAAACACUACCAUCCCCACCAAACAGACCCAGACCUUCACCACUUACUCCGACAACCAGCCUGGAGUACUUAUUCAGGUGUACGAGGGUGAGCGUGCCAUGACCAAAGACAACAAUUUGCUGGGCAAGUUUGAGUUGACGGGCAUCCCGCCUGCUCCUCGGGGGGUUCCCCAGAUCGAAGUGACCUUUGACAUCGAUGCCAAUGGUAUCCUCAACGUGUCUGCGGUGGACAAGAGCACGGGCAAGGAGAACAAGAUCACCAUCACCAACGAUAAAGGCCGUCUUAGCAAAGAGGAGAUUGAACGCAUGGUCCAAGAAGCCGAACAGUACAAAGCUGAGGACGAGGUCCAGAGGGAGAAGAUAGCUGCCAAGAACUCCUUGGAGUCUCUGGCCUUCAACAUGAAGAGCACAGCAGAAGAUGAGAAGCUGAAGGACAAGCUGUCUCCAGAGGACAAGCAGAAGAUCCUGGAUAAAUGCAAUGAGGUUAUUUCCUGGCUGGACAGGAACCAGAUGGCAGAAAAGGAUGAAUAUGAGCAUCAGCAGAAAGAGCUGCAGAACGUUUGCAACCCCAUCAUCACCAAGCUGUACCAAGGAGCCGGAGGGAUGCCCGGCGGCAUGCCGGGUGGAAUGCCUGGGGGCUUCCCCGGAGCUGGAGGAGCUGGAGGCGGCUCUUCUGGUCCCACCAUUGAAGAGGUGGAUUAAGCUCCUCCCUCUUCUGAAGCGUCCUGCAAGAGUGACGGGUGGGUGAAGACUUAAGAAGAAACGCAACGCAUCUUCCAGAACGAGAACCAUCGUUUGGUUCUGCUUCAUUUCAGCUGUUGCCUCCGGGCCUGUUCAGGAUGUCUCUGUGUGUCUUGUCUCUUUUUGUCUCUGCCUUCACACAGCUUCCUAGCUUUGCUCUCUUCUUUCUCUUCCCCUUCCCGCCUUCCUUCUCCACUCCGUUAAUGGAGGGACGCCUCUCUCCUUAACUGCCAAUUUGAGACUUCCAAAUGAACGUUCAUGUGAAUAAAUUAUUGCACUUCGGUCAACCCGCCAA